UUGUUUCUGCUUUGUCCGCAGGGUUUUUAGUUGCAUUUGAGUUGUUCCUUUUUGUGUGUUUUGCGUUCGAUUGCCGUUCUUUUCCUUCGUUUUGUUUUUGUGAAACGAACCUUGCGACGAGCGAAGAAAUCCGGUCGUCGUGCGUGGUGCGAGAUCGGGCCUCGGAAGAAGAAGAAGAAGAAGAAGCAGGGGCUGGAGGAGUGUAGCGAGGAGAAGAAGAAGGAGGAAUAAUGGAGUUGUUGGCGGAGAGCCCGCCGCCGAGCGCCCAAAUAGGCGCCCUUUGGAUCGGGCUCGGCGUCGCGUUCUUCUACGGCCUGCACGUGAAAUUCACGGUGGCUGCCCCGAGAUUCGUGGCCAAGAGCAGCGCGAGUGCUAGGGCCAGGUGGCGGUGGGCCAACAUCGCCACGUCCUGCACGCAUGCCGCCAUCACGGGCGCCGGCGCGCUUCUCUCGUUCUGUUGGUACCCGGAGUCUGCCAAGAACAUUGUCUUUGGCUUCACCAAGUUUGGCCACGGACUCGCGGCAUUUUCCCUAGGUUAUUUCCUCGUGGACUCGGUGGACUUGUUCCUCAACGACGACAAGAAGGCGACGCGGAACGAGCUCUUCAUCCACCACGGGUUCAUCCUGGCCUGCUUCGGCCUGGCCGUCUUCACGGGUCGCUACGUGCCCUACGCCCAACUGGCCCUCUUGUCCGAGGUCAACUCGGUCUUUCUGCACGCGCGGCAGCUCAUGCUGCUGCAGGGCGUGUCCAAGCACAACCUGGUCUACAGGCUCAACAGCCUGGUCAACCUGGGGACAUUUCUGACAUUCCGCUUGUCCGUGCUGGUUUGGAUGGCGCAGUGGCUGUUCCGAAACAGGGACGUCAUUCCAGCUACAGCCUUCUCUCUGGGAAGCAUAGCGUUACCGGUGAUAAUUGUCAUGAAUGUAAUUCUGCUGGUGCGGCUCGUCAACUCGGAUUACCGUUCGCAAGGAAGAACAGUGUCGAAGAGCAUUCUUCAGGCCCCCGUGGAAAUGGACCUGCCAGCGCAGAAGUGGACCUAGUGAUGAUCCGUCCGGCACUUGUUGAUGUUUUUGGAAACAAAUCGAUCGAUCAAUCAAUCCAUUAAUUGGAGAAGCUGUAGGCAGGGGAAUAAUUGAUAAAUUUGAAGGAAGGAAGGAAGAAACAACACCACCGAUCAUCAAUAGGUCGGCUGGGAUUGGAAGAAGAAGAAGAAGAAGAAAAAAAGAAGAAGACGCAUCAUCAACAGCCUUCAUCUCAAAUCCAGUUACCGCAAGCUUGAGUGUGUGUGUGUGUGUGUGUGUAUGCGCUUGUGCUUGAUGUGACUCGACGACCUGAAAGAACGGGGCUCAUGCUGUACUUUUCGUCUGCUGCUGCUGAAAAGUUGGCAAAUGAGAGCCCUGUUCUUCUUUUUUUUUUUAUUUGUACUUUCGAAAGGGAGAGAGGUAAUUUUGACACGAUUUGCGAGCCCGAGGCUGCUCUUUUUUUGAAAACAUCGGUUCGGUGGCUUUCUUUCUUUUCUUUUUUGGGUGUAUAACCUUUAAUCUUCUGCACGGCUUUGCUGCGGAAAAAAAAAAAAAAUUGGCGGGUGAGGGUUAAUGUUUGGAUACACGAGAGAGACUUAAUUCCAGGCAGUGGAUCAAAACUCUGCGGAUUCGAUGUGAGAUUUUUUUUUUUUUUUAAACGCGAUGACGGGGACAAAGGCAGCUUUUUAUUUGUGCGAAAAGUUUUUUGGCUAUCGCUGAAUAUUGCCUACUUUUAUCUUUUGUGUUCGCUGCUGUGAGACACGCGAAAACGAAAAACGGAGAAGAAAAAAUAUAUAUAUAUGGAGGA